UACAAUAAACGUUAUUCUGCUCAGAUGUUCACAAAUAUUUUUUAUUUAAUUUUAAUAUCCACUCCUUCACAGAAUAUUGAUUAUUGAACAUAUAAUAAAAAAAUAGUAAUCGUGAUAUUAUUCACAGUAAAUAAUCCGCUGAUUACAGAGGCUCUUCUGGCUUGUAAAUCACGUUUUUAUUGUUUAUAUUAUUUGUGCUUAAGAUCUCUAUCCUGAACCCUGAAUUGUUUUUGUUUAUUAUCUAAAAAUUCAAAAUGAGUUCAGCUAGUAAGGUUGGAGAAAUUUUUACUGCAGCUGGCCAAGCUUUCACCAAAUUGGGAGACUUGACUAUGCAGUUGCAUCCAAAUGCAGAUUCUCCAACAGGCAAAUGGACCGAUGAAGAAAUUGAGAUGUUACGUCAAGUAGUUAAACAGUUUUCAGAUGGUUUACAUCAGCUCAGUGAGCAUAUCAAAAGAAGAACAGUAACCCAAAUUAGAACAGCUCUAAAGAAGAAAGCUUUUGAAGAUGCAGGCCUACCAGUUAGGCAAAUCUCUGUUCCAACAUCCCAGUUACAGUUGCAACAAGUUCCACAGACUCAUAAAUCAGAAGUUACUCUGAAUAUGCUGAAUGCAGCAGAAUCGGAAGUUGAUGUGGAAGGUUUACAUGAAGAAGUUAAACUAGAGUUUGAAGGAGGAGAUGAAAAUGUAGCUUCUUAAUUUGUCAAUGUAUUUUAUUUUGUUUUUGUGAUAUAUUUCUUAUUGUACAAAUUACUCUCUUUGAUAAGAAUAAAUUUUAUAACUUUA